ACUGGCGGGGAGGGGAGGUGAUGGCUGCGGCUGCGGCUGCGGCGGUGAAUAGACGGAGGACGCGCGCGGAGUAUAAGCGUGUGUCAGCGUACAUCAUAAUACGGUGUGUUUGUGCCUCUGACAUAGACGGAAUAAAUCGAGGAAGACAUUUCUUUAUUUGACGAAAGAGAGAGCAACGAGUACGCGAAAGAAAGAUAAGAAGAGUGUGUGAAACGGGUCCAUGGUGUGAAACGAGGAUAGUAAGAUGGCGGGAUCACUAACGUGGUCGUGCACUUGUUGUCUACGAUUCAAGUUCAGCCCAGAAGAGAUCGAGCAGCGAUACAAAAGUCAAGAGAUCGACCGGAUGCUAGAGAAAGAUCGGCAAACUUUUCGCAGGCAGGUUAAACUCCUGCUUCUCGGUGCUGGAGAAAGUGGAAAAUCAACAUUCCUUAAACAGAUGCGAAUUAUACACGGAAUCAAAUUUGAGCCUGAAUUAAUUAAAGAGUACCAGCAUAUAAUCUAUCAAAAUAUAAUCAAAGGAAUGAAAGUAUUGGUAGAUGCAAGAGAUAAGCUGAACAUACCUUGGGAAAAUCCUAAAAAUUAUGAUAUUGGAUAUCAGUUAUUGAAAUUUGAGAAUACCAUGGUUUUGGAUACUAGAUUGUUCCUCCAUUAUGUACCAGCGUUACAAAGUUUAUGGAAAGAUGCAUCUAUUAAAAAAGCAUUUGAUAGAAGAAGAGAAUUUCAAUUAAGCGAUUCGGUCCAAUAUUUUCUGGAUAAUCUCGAUAGGAUUGCCAAAGUGGAUUAUGCUCCUACGCAUCAGGACAUUUUACACUGUAGAAAGGCGACAAAAGGAAUUUCAGAAUUUGUCAUACCAAUAAACAAUAUUCCAUUUCUAUUUGUUGAUGUCGGUGGACAGAGAUCUCAAAGACAAAAAUGGUAUCAAUGUUUUGACUGUGUGACCUCUAUAUUAUUUCUUGUAUCUUCUUCGGAGUUUGAUCAGGUCUUAUUAGAAGAUAGGAGGACCAAUAGAUUAGAAGAAUCAAGAAAUAUCUUUGAUACAAUAGUGAAUAAUAUGAUAUUUGGUGGUGUGUCAAUAAUUUUGUUUCUAAAUAAAACUGAUCUCUUGGAUAGAAAAGUAAGAUCGCAUGAUACCAAUGUUCGCUGGUAUUUUCCACAAUUUACGGGCGAUUCACAUUCCAUGAAGGAUGUACAGAAUUUUAUAUUGGAAAUGUUUAUAUCUGUCAAAAAGGAUCCAAGGAAACCUUUAUUCCAUCAUUUUACUACUGCUGUCGAUACAGAAAAUAUUAAAGUUGUAUUUAAUGCAGUAAAGGAUACUAUUUUGCAUCGCAAUUUGGAGUCUUUAAUGCUCCAAUAAUGUAAAGUAAGAAUGGAGGAAGCAGUUAUUAAUGGUUAAAAGGUAUGUGUACAGUACUAGCAUUAAUUGUAUAAUAUAGGCCGCCAAUUUAUAGCAUUAAAAUUGCUCGCAUUGGCAGUUAGAAGAGUUUACAUUCUUGCAGGACAAUAUUCGUUGAUAUAAGCUACAUUAUUUAUUUCUAUAUCAGUUACGUAAAAUCGAGCACACGUACAACUGAUCUAUAUUAGGGAAUGAAAAAAAAAAAAAAAGGAAAAAGAAAAAAAAGAAAAAAGAGAGAAAAAAAA